AUGAAACUCCAUCUGAAUAUAUUCGAUUUGGUCCCGGCGCGGCUCAGCGUAGCCAUCAUGCUGUUCUUCGCUUGCUGGGUAAACUACAUGAUGAGGGUCAACAUGAGUGUCAACAUCAUCGCCAUGGUACCAGAUGAUGCGAAAACGACUUCGGUAAAAAGCGAAUGCGAGGCCAUCGCUAAUAACGACAGCUCAUUGUAUAACUUCAGCACCACGGUGGUGACAAAGCGGCAGUUACGGCAGCCUGAAGGCGUUGUCACUUUCAACUGGACAGCGCAGCAACAGGCGUAUGUGCUGUCGGGCUAUUUCUGGGGGUACGCCAUCACUUGUUUGGUCGGGGGCACGGCCGCUGAGCUAUGGGGGCCGCGGAAUGUGGUGUUCAUCACGAUGCUGAUCAGCGCUGUCCUGACAACGUUGUCACCGCAGGCGGCGCGGUUGCACUAUUUGGUGUUGGUAGCCGCUCGCUUCGUCAUCGGAUUGGCAGCGGGCUUUCUGUUUCCCGCCCUCCACGCCUUGGUCGCGCAUUGGGCGCCUCCGGCUGAGAAGGGGAAAUUCGUCAGCGCACUUUUGGGGGGCGCCAUUGGAACUGUUGUCACGUGGUCACUCACCGGGCCCUUAAUUGAGAACUUCGGUUGGGAUUACGCUUUUUAUAUUCCCGGUAUAAUCGCAAUUGUCUGGUCCGCUUUCUGGUGGUUCCUGGUGUACGAUUCUCCCGUCAAGCAUCCGCGCAUCUCCGACAAGGAGAAGAAAUAUAUUCUAGAUGCGAUCGGCGAUAAAGUCACCCAAAGCACAAAGGACAAUAAGAUUGUACCGCCGUUCUGGAAGAUUCUUACAUCAUUCCCCUUCUUGGCUAUGGUCAUCCUGCACUACGGCAGCAACUGGGGCCUAUACUUCGUGAUGACUGCCGCGCCGAAGUUCGUCUCGAGCGCCUUAGGAUUCAACUUGACGUCGACCGGAACACUGUCGUCUUUACCCUAUUUGGCCAGGAUGAUCUUCUCGCUGAUCUUCGGCGCUAUCGGUGACAGGAUCGUGAGGCAGAACGUCGUGUCGACGACGUUCAUGAGGAAGUUCUUCUGCCUGUUCUCGCACGUGGUGCCCGGGCUGCUGCUGAUCGGACUCGGGUACACGGGCUGCGCGCCCAUCCUCUCGGUGGCGCUGAUCACCUUCUCGAUGGGCUCCAACGGGGCGGCCACCCUCACCAACCUGGUGAACCAUCAGGACCUGGCGCCCAACUUCGCGGGCACGCUGUACGGCAUCGCGAACGGCAUCGGCAACACCGCCGGCUUCGUCACGCCCUUGGUGACCGCCCACUUCACGAAGAACGGGAACGGGUUCGCGGAAUGGCGGCCGGUUUUCCUCACGGGUGCGUCGCUGUACAUCGCGUCCGCCGUCUACUUCAUAUUGUUCGGCACGGGCGAGACGCAGGAUUGGAACUACGUGGCGGCGCCCGAUGACGAGGAACAGGACAAACGGCCGAGCGCCAACUCCACAGACUCCACCGUCACGAUCCCAGUCAAAGCG